UGUCCCAUGUUUACAUGAAAAAUGUACUAUGUUUUGACUGCUUUGCAUGAACCAUGGUUACUAAAUCUUUGAACUAUCCUUCUAGUUCUAAAGGUAACUUUUCCUUUUCUCAAACUGGAAGUAAGAUCUUAUGUUUCUUGAGCCAUUGCAUCCUUGGGCCUGGCCCAGUUGGCGUUUGACUGACGCCUUGGGCCAGUCUGUUUGCUCCAGUAAUGUGCAAGAGAAAUAAUCCGGUCAUGGGCCUUUACGGAUUUGCCACGCUCUCCUCCCUUCUCGUGCUUUCGCGAUGGCAACCACCGACACGACGACGACGGAGGCGCCAGCGACGGUGGUGGGCGGCUACGAGCUGCGGGAGCGCCUGGGCGGCCGCCCGCCAUCCACGGUCGUUUGGCGUGCGGUCUCACGCUCCACCGGCGCGCCCGUGGCCGUGAAGCAGGUGCGCCUCGCCGGCCUCCCAGCCCUCCUCCGCGACAGCCUCGACUGCGAGGUCCGCUUUCUCGCCGCCGUCAGCCACCCCAACAUCAUCCGCCUCAUCGACGUCAUCCAGACACAGAGCUGCCUGUACCUCGUCCUGGAGCUGUGCGAGGGAGGGGACCUCGCGGCCUUCAUCUGCCGCAACGGGAGGGUCGACGAGCGUGUGGCCAGAAAUUUCAUGAAGCAAAUUGGAGCUGGCUUACAGGUGCUGCGCCGGCACCAUGUCGUCCACCGGGACUUGAAACCUCAGAAUAUCCUACUGUCUUCUCCAAGCAGCGAUGCGGUCCUCAAGAUAUCUGAUUUUGGCCUUGCAAGGGUUCUUCGUCCUGGGGAGUAUGCAGACACUGCUUGUGGUUCUUGUUUGUACAUGGCCCCAGAAGUGAUGCUAUUUCAAAAGUACGAUGACAAGGUAGACAUGUGGAGUAUUGGCGCUAUCCUGUUCGAACUCUUGAAUGGCUACCCGCCAUUCCGUGGCAGAAGAGCACAUCUCUCCCGUUCUCGAAACCUCUGGCGUCCAGCUUGCAUCCUGAUUGUGUUGAUAUAUGCACCAGACUACUCUGCACCAAUCCAGGUCUGCCACAGCCUGGAGCGGAAGAACGCCAUCCAGUGGACGACGGUGGUCGUCGGCCACGCGCAGGAGGGGCAGGUGAGGGAAGCCAUGGAGCUGUUCCGACGGUUCUGGAGCUCCGGCGUCCGAGCUGACGCCCAUGUCCUGUCCAGCGUCGUCGGCGUGUUCGCGGAUUUCGCGCUGAUCGAGCAGGGCCGGCAAGUGCACUGCUACACCGUCAAGAACCCGGCCGGGCUGGACGUGUCCGUCGGCAACUCCGUGGUGGACAUGUACCUCAAGUGCGGGCUGACCGACGAGGCAGGACGGCUGUUCCGGGAAAUGCCGGCGAGGAAUGUCGUGUCGUGGACGGCGAUGAUCAAUGGGCUCGGAAAACAUGGACUCGGCCGUGAAGCCGUCGGCAUGUUCGAGCAGAUGCGAGCAGACGGCGUCGAGCCCGACGAGGUGGCCUACCUGGCUUUGCUGUCGGCGUGCAGCCACGCCGGCCUUGUGGAGGAGUGCCGGCUGUACUUCUCAAGGAUCCGGCAGGAACGCAGGGUGAGGCCGAGAGCAGAGCACUACGCGUGCAUGGUCGAUCUCCUCGGCCGCGCUGGAGAGCUCAGGGAGGCAAGGGACCUCAUCCUGACGAUGCCCAUGGAGCCGACCGUCGGCAUAUGGCAGACGCUUCUGGGCGCGUGCAGGGUGCACAAGGACGUGGCCGUGGGCAGGGAGGCCGGCGACGUCCUCCUGGCCAUGGACGGCGACAACCCGGUGAACUACGUGAUGCUGUCCAACAUCUUGGCGGAGGCCGGGGAGUGGCGCGAGUGCCAGGAGGUGCGAGACGCCAUGAGGCGCAAGGGGCUCAAGAAGCAGGGAGGGUGCAGCUGGGUGGAGGUGGACAAGGAGGUGCACUUCUUCUACGGCGGCGGCGACGACACGCACCCGCAGGCCGGCGACAUCCGCCGCGUGCUGAGGGACGUCGAGAGGAGGAUGCGGGAGCAGCUGGGGUACAGCGCCGACGCGCGGUUCACGCUGCACGACGUCGACGAGGAGUCGCGCGCCGACAGCCUCAGGGUGCACAGCGAGCGGCUCGCCGUCGGGCUGUGGCUCCUGCGCAACGGCGGGCAGGGGAGGAAGGCGAUCAGGGUGUACAAGAACCUGCGGGUGUGCGGGGACUGCCAUGACUUCUUCAAGGGCUUGUCGGCUGUCCUCAACGUGGUGUUGGUGAUCAGAGACGCCAACAGGUUCCAUCGCUUUGAACAGGGUGCCUGCUCCUGUAGGGACUAUUGGUGACUGCACGGACACUGUAUCCCCUUUAUCUAGUUUUUCUGUUUUGAUCCGAUCAGUGGAAGUAUGUCAGUCCGCUAACCAGAGCAUGCGAAUCAAGCAGAUGUUCAGCUCUAACAAGAUUCUUCACCCCCACCAGAUGUUCAGUUGUUAGACUCCAUUGAAAAAAAAACAAGAUGUAGCCACAAAUCUAUAGUUGUUUUCGGCUGCCAUGAAGGGAAAUAUCCCCAUUUUAUUA